AUGCCCGAUCUGCAUGUCGCUACUCGUGUCUGCCAGGUGAUGUCAAAGCUGGCCGUGGCCCACCAGAGCGUCAACUUGGGCCAGGGGUUCCCUGAUGAGGAGGGGCCCCUCAGCAUGAAGGCGGCCGCAGCAGACGCGCUCACUGCGCACCACAACCAAUACCCGCCGAUGAUGGGCGUGCCGGAGCUGCGCAAGGCGGUUGCGCAGCACAGCGUGCGCGAGCAGGACAUACCCUGCGACUGGGCGACUGAGACGCUUGUCACUGUCGGCGCGACUGAGGGCAUCGCGGCGGCGUUCAUGGGGCUGUGCAACCCAGGCGACGAGGUGGGCGGCCUUCUUGAGCGGCAGCUGCAUGCUGUGUGGGUGCACAGCACGCCAGUACCAUGA